CUGCAGGACAGGAAGUUCCAGCUUACAUGUGUGCAGAGUGUUAUACAUAUUGGUUACUCAAUGUGUACUUUUAAAAAACUCUGAUGAUCUUACACAAGUGUAGAAGCAGCAGUGAAUGGAGAUGAUGGUGAAUGCUAAGGGCUAGUAGGAACCAUUUGAAGAUUCUGGAAAUAAACAACUUUCAUAAGAUUUUUGCUGGUGCAGCCCUCUCUUUUUUUUUUCCCGGGGAAAGGAUGUUCUCCUAAGCCUUCUUCAUGUUUCCUUGAAUCAGCAGUGCCCCAGAAAGUGUUUCCCUUCCUGAGACUCCAGGGAAGUCUUGGAACGCAAAGAACUUGAAGAGGGAGCCCGGCCAAAUAGAGAUUUUUGAGCCUUGGUAGGCUUGCUGAAGCAGAUUUUUAGCACAAACACAAAUCAAAGUCUUUGUGUUCUUAAAAGCAGCAUUUUCAUGAUGAACUAAGAAAUUUCAAGCUUUGAAACAUAAAUAUUUGGAACACUCAGAAGAACAACAUGGCAGAAAAUGAGAAAAGAAUUAAAACCCAUAGAAUAAGAUGUCUUUCCAAGAUGAAGAUGUUUCUGUUGGCAAUAACAUGUGCAUUUGUAUCCAAAACACUAUCUGGAUCUUAUAUGAAUUCCAUGCUCACACAAAUAGAGAGACAAUUCAACAUUCCUACAUCUCUAGUUGGAUUUAUUAACGGGAGCUUUGAGAUUGGAAAUCUUUUGUUGAUUAUCUUUGUGAGUUAUUUUGGAACCAAAUUACAUAGACCUAUACUGAUUGGUGUUGGAUGUGUGGUUAUGGGUCUAGGGUGUUUCUUACAAUCUCUACCUCAUUUCCUCAUGGAGCGGCUUUCCUCAUAUAUCUGGUGGUUCUUGGUUAUCUAUACAUAUUUAAGAGAGAGGAAUAACACAAGCUACCUGGAACUUCUGUGUAUAUAUGAAUAUGAAUCUACAGUUUCAGUUUCAGGCAAUUUGUCCUCAAACAGUUUCUUGUGUAUGGAAAAUGGAACCCAGAUUAUCAGACCAACAGAAGAUCCAUCAGAGUGUGUGAAAGAAGUUAAAUCAUUAAUGUGGAUGUAUGUACUAAUAGGCAAUAUUAUACGUGGAAUUGGUGAAACUCCCAUCAUGCCUUUGGGUAUUUCCUACAUAGAAGAUUUUGCCAAAUCUGAAAACUCUCCUUUAUAUAUUGGGUUUGUAGAAACAGGAGCUAUCAUUGGCCCUUUGUUUGGACUUUCAUUAGCAUCAUUCUGUGCCAAUGUUUAUGUUGACACUGGAUCUGUGAACACAGAUGAUCUGACCAUAACUCCCACUGAUACUCGUUGGGUUGGUGCAUGGUGGUUUGGCUUUUUGAUUUGUGCAGGAGUGAAUGUGCUCACUGCCAUUCCGUUUUUCUUUUUGCCCAAAUGGCUUCCAAAGGAAGGACUAAAGAGUAAUGCAGACAUCAUUAAAAAUGACAAAGAAGAGAAACAAAGAGAAGAGGUCAAGAAGAAAAAGGAUGGAAUCACUAAAGAUUUUUUGCCAUUCAUGAAAAGUCUUUUAUGCAACCCAGUUUACAUGCUUUUCAUACUAAUAAGUAUUAUACAGUUCAAUGCAUUUGUUAAUAUGUUCACCUUCAUGCCCAAAUAUCUGGAACAGCAACAUGGAAAAUCAGCUUCAGAUGUAAUCUUUCUAAUUGGUAUUUAUAACUUACCUCCAGUAUGCAUUGGAUAUAUAGCUGGUGGUUUAAUUAUGAAGAAAUUCAAGAUUACUGUCAAACAAGCUGCCCACAUAGCAUGUUGGUUAUCUUUAACUGAAUAUCUUCUUCAUUUUUUGUGUUUUCUCAUGAUCUGUGAUAAUUCUUCAGUUGCUGGCAUAACCACCACUUAUAAUGGAAUGCAACAAGAUUUAUAUAUGGAAAACGCCAUUCUUGCUGACUGUAAUAGGGAUUGCAACUGUCCAACUAAAACAUGGGAUCCUGUGUGUGGAAACAAUGGUGUUUCAUAUAUGUCAGCUUGUCUUGCUGGUUGUGAGACAUCCGUUGGAGCAGGAAUAAACAUGGUAUUCCAAAAUUGUAGCUGCAUUCAAACAUCAGGAAAUUCAUCUGCAGUUCUUGGGCUGUGUGACAAAGGACAUGACUGUUCCAUGAUGCUCCAGUACUUUUUAAUCUUGUCAGCAAUUGGCAGUUUCAUUUAUUCUUUAUCUGCCAUACCUGGAUAUAUGGUUCUCCUAAGGUGUAUCAAGCCUGAAGAGAAGUCUCUUGGUGUGGGGUUACAUACAUUUUGCACAAGAGUAUUUGCUGGAAUUCCUGCACCUAUAUAUUUUGGAGCUUUAGUGGAUUCCACAUGUUUACACUGGGGAACUUUGAAAUGUGGUGAGUCAGGAGCAUGCAGGAUAUAUGAUUCAGCCAAUUUCAGAUACAUCUACCUUGGUUUGCCAGCAGCUCUAAGAGGAUUAAGCUAUAUCCCAGCCUUUUUAAUCCUAAAUAUUUUGAAGAAUCGUCAUCUACCUGGUGAAAAUGUCUCUUCAGGAACUAUGCUUACAGAGGCAAAAACUACAAAGAAGGAAAAUGAGUGUAAAGAUAUGGACCAAAAUUCCAAAGUUUUGAAUGAUAAUGAGUUGAAAACUAAAUUGUAAUGCCCUAUUAUAUCAUGCUUCCCGGAGUUGUGGAAUACACUUAUAACCAAACUGCUUUUAAAAUCAAUAGGGGUAAGUGCGUAACUUUUUCUUAUCUUUAUGAACCUCAAUUUUUUUUUUACCCAAGAUAAAAAAAAUGUUCACUGAUGGUAUUUCUGAGGCAUCCACGGCACUUGAAAUUUUCCUCAGAGGACAUUUAUAAUAACCUUCAAAACAGGAUAUUAGACCCAGUUUUAUUUUUUAUGUCAAAAUAGCAAUUUCUCUUUUAACUCAUGUGAAAUAAGGGUAUAUAUCCCACAUCUCCUUUUCAAAUUGAUCUUAAAAAAUUCCUAUUAGGAAAAUCUGUUUAAUUUCAUUGAAUUUCUGCUUUGUUAUUGGGGUUAGAGACUGAAAUUCUUAUCCUGCUUACAUGACUAUUUAAAUACUUUAUUCAAGUUCAUCAUUUUUAUGUGAAAGAAGCUGAUGUCUUCUAAUUAUUUAACUUUUCCUUAAAGAAUUUUUCUUUUCUUUAACUGUUCUUUAACUUUUCCUAUUCAUUCCAGACAUGAUUGUUUUAAAAAUAGAUUACUCAUUACUAUGCCAUCACCUACUAUCAAUUUGUUUUCUGCUUUAUUACUCAAGUAAUAUAUUUGCUCAUUUUGUUCAGAAUACUGAAAAACUGAGUCAGUUUAUUAAAAAUCAUGUAACAAAGA